CAUACUUUUCGCGCUCAAAACACGCGCCGGUCGCGUUCCUCUCUAAUCCAUUAUUACUUUCUUUGUUUUGUUUUAUUUCUAGAGUUAGAUAUUUUGUGAAAAGUGAGUGUAAGCGACUAAACCAGCGUUGUACAGUGGCUUGAUUCAACAUGUCCACUCCAUCGAAACGGCCAUCAUCGCAAGCGUCGUCGGACGCCCCGACUCCAACCCGCAGGACGCGGUCUUCCCAACAGGAACAGGUGGUCAUCCCGGAGACACCUCAACGAGCUUCAGGCACAUCUUCACAAGAUGGGACUCCAGCGACUCCUACUCGCACCCCCCGCGGCACUCCCCACACCCCACGCGGCACGCCACGCACACCGCGUGUACCGGGCACGUCACCGGCAAGGGCUUUGCAGUCUAGUCCUAUUGGGACAGAUUUUGACUUAAGCUCACCCCUGAACUAUGGUACACCCAGCUCACUCAGCACUCCUCGCUCACUCAUGCGAGGGGUCAUGACCCCCGCCAGGCAGAGGGCAGAUCUUCGGGGACAGCAGAUUGGGCGGAAUGUGCCCGCACCAACACCUACUAGAGGGGUGGAAGAGGCAGCAGCAGAGGCCCCAUCAAGUGAACCACAGCUAGUGGUGUGGGGCACAGAUGUAGCCAUUGCCGAGUGCCGCGAGAAGUUUAUCAAGUUUGUGCAGCGGUUUGUUGAGCCUACCGCUGUCACUAAUGAACCACUUUAUGAACAGAAGCUGGAAGAGAUUCACACAUUGGAAGAGCCGUUCUUAGAUGUGGAUGUGGAUCACAUUCGCAUUUUUGAUCCCAAGCUGCAUCGACAGCUUGUCUGCUACCCACAAGAGGUUGUGCCAGCGUUCGAUGCAGCGGUAAACGAGCUGUUCUUUGAGAAGUACCCGGCUGCGAUACUGGAGCACCAGAUCCAGGUGCGGCCAUUCAACGCGCCCGCCAGACACAUGAGGGACCUUAACCCGGAAGACAUCGACCAGCUGGUGACCAUCUCGGGCAUGGUGAUCCGCACGUCGAGCAUCGUGCCCGAGAUGCGCGAGGCCUUCUUCAAGUGCGCCGUGUGCGGCGCCGCCGCCGCCGCCGAGCUCGAGCGCGGCCGCGUGCCCGAGCCGGCGCACUGCGCGCACUGCAACACCGCGCACUGCUUCCAGCUCAUACACAACCGCAGCCACUUCAGCGACAAGCAGCUGGUCAAGCUGCAGGAGUCGCCAGACGAUAUGCCAGCGGGCCGCACGCCAGCCACCGUGACGGUGAUGGCCCACGGCGCGCUGGUGGAGGCGGUGGGCGCGGGCGAGCGCGUGGGCGUCACCGGCGUGUUCCGCGCCGCGCCCGCCACCGUGCACCCGCGGAAAGCGACCCUGCGCGCCCUGCACAAGACCCAUAUUGACGCGCUGCACUACAGGAAGGUGCACAGUGACAGGCUGUUCGAGACUGAGGAGGGCAAGGAGCACCGUUUCCCGCCCGAGCGAGUUGAAUUAUUCAAGUCGCUGUCAAAGCAAGCCGACUGCUACGAGCGCCUGGCGCGAGCUAUCGCACCGUCCAUCUACGAGAACCUCGACAUUAAGAAGGGCGUGUUGCUACAACUACUCGGCGGUACUAAGAAGAACUUCAAUGCUGCUGGGAGGACACAUUUCAGAUCGGAGAUCAACAUCCUGCUAUGCGGCGACCCGGGCACGUCGAAGUCGCAGCUGCUGCGCUACGUGCACGCGCUCGUGCCGCGCGCGCAGUACACGUCGGGCCGCGGCUCCAGCGCCGUGGGGCUCACCGCCUACGUCACCAAGGACCCCGACACUCGCCAGCUCGUGCUGCAGACGGGUGCACUAGUUUUGGCCGACAACGGAAUCUGCUGCAUUGACGAAUUCGACAAAAUGAACGACUCUACUCGGAGUGUACUUCACGAAGUGAUGGAGCAGCAAACACUAUCGAUAGCCAAGGCCGGCAUCAUCUGUCAGCUAAACGCGCGCACUUCGAUCCUGGCGGCCGCGAACCCAGCCGAGUCACAGUGGAACAAAAACAAGACUAUCGUCGAGAACGUACAACUACCCCACACGCUCAUGUCCAGAUUCGACCUCAUUUUCUUAGUUCUGGACCCACAAGACGAAGUGUUCGACCGUCGCCUGGCCUCGCAUCUCGUAUCGCUGUAUUACAAGGAUCCCACUGAGCCUGAAGAGGGUGAAGAAGUAUUCGAUAUGAGCAUAAUGCGGGACUAUAUCGCGUUUGCGAAGGAGAACGUGCAACCUACACUCAGCGAGGCCGCUCAGCAGCGGCUCAUCGACGCCUACGUCGACAUGCGACGAGUAGGCAGCGGGCGCGGCCAGAUCUCGGCCUACCCGCGCCAGCUCGAGAGCCUCAUCCGGCUCGCGGAGGCACAUGCGCGUGUCCGUCUGUCGCCCACCGUCGAGAUUAUCGAUGUCGACGAAGCUUCGAGGCUGCACCGCGAAGCCCUGAAGCAGUCGGCGACGGACCCGGCGUCGGGCCGCAUCGACGUGGGCAUCCUCACCACCGGCCUGGGCGCCGCCGCGCGCCGCCGCCGCCACGACCUGCUGCAGGCGCUGCGGGCUGUAGCGCGGCCGCUCGCCAAGCCCGCCACCGUGACGCACUCCAAGCUGCUGCAGGAGAUCAAUGCUUCGUCGCAGAUCACGGUGACACGCGAGCAGCUGGACGAGGCGCUCCGGGACCUACAGGACGAGGGCAAGGCCGUCAUCGUGUCGCACACACAUUUGCGCUUCUGCUAAGUCGGCGAAACGUUAACCACUGAACCCUAACUUUUUGCAACUAUAAGACUAACUAAUAAUAAUAAAUAAUAAUAACUGAAAACGAAUAUAAUUGGUUCCAAUGCACAAAUACACAACUUAGUGUUGCAAAAAAGUUGUAAAGUACUCAUAAACUAAGUCGACUCGGUAAAAUCGAUUGAAAUACAGUAACUUCAACUGUGUUGCAUUUAAAAAGGGUUUAAAAAUUGAAGUGAUUAGUGAUAUUUUUAGAUGACUAUAGUAUUAACCUUUUCAACGCUUUCUCCCUCGCAUCAAAAUGUGGCAUACACGCCAAUAUGUCAACUAUUGAGAAACGAAUUUAAACCUUAUCUGUCAACAGUAAAAUUGCUUUGACAGCGUCUGCCAUGACCUGUUUAGUGGUCGUUGGCGUGGUAGGCGCGACAUCACACGGCCACUUUAGUGGCUCUUGGCGUUCAAAAGGUUAAGAACUAGGAAUAUUCUUAUGGUCGCAGUUAAAGGUUCCGUUCCGCCUUUCAUAGACUCAUCAUAUUGGCGUUGUCCCGGCUUCUUACUACGACUGCCAGUGAGUGUAGGGCCCACUCAGCAAACUAGGCCUUAUUGGGAUUACUCCGGGUUCCUCACAAGAAUAUCAAAUUAUCAACUGAAAAUGUUAUUCGUCUAUUUACCAUGUCUCACCAACUCGAAUGUCUAAAAUCAAUUAUUACUUUAACCCUUUGACCGACAAAGACGUCAACUGACGCGUGCGGCUACACCCUAAUAUCUACCUUCGUGCGUCCCGACAAGGUUCACGAUGCCGCGCCGCACACGAUAGGCGUUGCGUUCAACGGGUUAAAAUGCAUUUUUCAACGUUUCAAUAUCGAUAGAGUAAGUGCCUAUGGAACUCAUGGUUGACUAUAGAUAGAUAUAUUUCUCAUGUUUUGUACCUUAUUAAUAAGUAAGAUAAUUGUUUGUGUACGUUGAUCUUAUUAAUAAAUCAUGUUAUUUUCAUACAA